GGCUUGUAAAUCCCUUACCACAGGGGCAUUUCUAGCCACUCGGCUCUGUGGGCCAGCCCUGCCACUCGGCCAGCCCGGGCUCUUGGAGGGCUCCCAGGGAUCAGGCCGAGGGGUAGUGUAGUGACCCAGCCCCGGAGCACUUGGGUCGCUCUGAUGUGCAAUGCCCCUUUUUUUGUAGGGCGCCAGGGCUUUUCUCCUUUUCUCUAGCUCUCCUGGAGCCCUGGGAUUUCUCCCCUUUCUCUCCCAUUCCCUGGAGCCUCCCCUGACUCUGAGGGCAGACUCGGGCCAGCCUGGUAGCUGCAGAAACUGCUGGGAGUGUUCCUGGUCCCUGAAAGAAGAGCUGCUUGUCCUGUGUGUCUGUCUGCCGGUCUGUCUGGGUGUGUGUGUGUGGGAGCUGGGGAGGCUUCAAGGCUCUCAGAACUCCUUCCAGCCGCCGGGCUCCCCCUGGCUCCCCGACCUCGGGCUUUGGGCAGGCCGAGUGAGGGCUCUCGCCUUGGCCCAGAAAUCUAAUCAGGGUGUGGAGGAAGUUCACUCCGGGGCUGCUUUCCCAAGUUUUCCUUGCUGAAAAAGGCCUAGCUUAGCCUGUCUUUUUCUAUGCACAGGAUGGCUCCUGCUCACCAGGGCUGCACAAAGAUAAUCGCUCAGGAAGUGUUUCAGCCAAUCCCCUGAAGCUUUACAUUCAGAUUUACCGCAGGAGCCAAUCCAGGAUUAGCUUUUAUUAGGAAGACAGAUCAUCAGGCUGAAGUGCCAAACCCUUUCUGUGUGAGUUCUAGUGCCUGUCCUCCAUGUUUUAUAAGUAUUGACAUAACACUGUGUUAACAAUGCAUCCACAGAGCCUGGUUCUAUCUUCUUAACUGGAAAAAUGAGACGGUUGCUUGCACCCUGGUUGAUGUUAUAUGCAGUGUGAAAUGCCAUCCAGGACAAAGCCUCCUUUACUUCAGGAACUGACCUUGAACAGAUUAUGUACUUUUAUUCCAAGUUGGACCUCCACAUCUCUUGGCUGAAGAGGAGAUAAAAGCAGAGCAGGAGGUGGUAGAGGGCAUGGAUAUCUCUACUCGAUCCAAAGAUCCUGGCUCUGCUGAGCGGACGGCACAAAAAAGGAAGUUUCCCAGCCCUCCUCACUCUUCAAAUGGCCACUCUCCUCAAGAUACGUCCACUAGCCCCAUCAAAAAGAAAAAGAAGCCUGGCUUAUUGAACAGUAACAGUAAAGAGCAGUCAGAACUAAGACAUGGUCCGUUUUACUAUAUGAAGCAGCCACUCACCACAGACCCUGUUGAUGUUGUACCGCAGGAUGGACGGAAUGAUUUCUAUUGCUGGGUUUGUCAUCGGGAAGGCCAAGUCCUUUGCUGUGAGCUCUGUCCUCGGGUUUAUCAUGCUAAGUGUCUGAAACUGACUGCGGAACCAGAGGGGGAUUGGUUUUGCCCAGAAUGUGAGAAAAUCACUGUAGCAGAAUGCAUUGAGACGCAGAGUAAAGCUAUGACAAUGCUUACCAUCGAACAGUUAUCCUACCUGCUCAAGUUUGCACUACAGAAAAUGAAACAGCCGGGGACAGAACCAUUUCAGAAACCCGUGUCGCUGGAUCAGCAUCCAGAUUAUGCCGAAUAUAUAUUUCAUCCAAUGGAUCUUUGUACAUUAGAAAAGAAUGUUAAAAAGAAAAUGUACGGUUGCACUGAAGCCUUUUUGGCCGACGCCAAAUGGAUUUUGCACAACUGCAUUAUUUACAAUGGGGGAAAUCACAAAUUGACGCAAACAGCCAAAGUAAUUAUCAAAAUCUGUGAACAUGAGAUGAACGAAAUUGAAGUGUGUCCAGAAUGUUAUUUAGCUGCUUGCCAAAAACGAGAGAACUGGUUUUGUGAGCCUUGUAGCAAUCCACACCCAUUGGUCUGGGCUAAAUUGAAAGGAUUUCCCUUCUGGCCUGCAAAAGCACUGAGGGACAAAGACGGGCAGGUCGAUGCCCGUUUCUUUGGACAACAUGACAGGUCACUUAUCCGGCAACCUCACCUAUCUGGAACACAGCUGAGAACCAGGAAGGCCUGGGUUCCAAUAAAUAAUUGCUACCUCAUGUCUAAAGAAAUUCCUUUUUCUGUGAAAAAGACUAAAAGCAUUUUCAACAGUGCAAUGCAGGAGAUGGAGGUAUACGUGGAGAACAUUCGCAGAAAGUUUGGUGUAUUUAAUUACUCCCCAUUCCGGACACCAUACACACCCAACAACCAAUUCCAAAUGUUAUUAGACCCCUCAAACCCUGGUGCUGGGACUGCAAAGACAGAUAAACAAGAGAAAAUCAAACUGAAUUUUGACAUGACAGCUUCGCCGAAGAUCCUAAUGAGCAAGCCCCUGCUGAGUGGGGGAACGGGCAGGAGGAUUUCUUUAACUGAUAUGCCAAGGUCACCCAUGAGUACAAACUCCUCCGUUCACACUGGAUCUGAUGUGGAGCAAGAUGCAGAAAAGAAGGCAGCUUCAAGUCAUUUCAGUGCAAGCGAGGAGUCCAUGGACUUCCUUGAAAAGAACACAGCAUCUCCAGCAUCCACAAAACCGGGCCAAGCAGGGAGUUUGUCUGGCAGCCCAAAACCUUUCUCUCCACAAGCUUCAACCCCUCUCCCAGCAGCAGCCAAGCCAGAAAGAGCUUCCACUCCUGGAAGCAUUCUGAAUCUGAACCUCGAUCGGAGCAAGGUGGAUAUGGACCUGAAAGAAUUGAGUGAAUCUGUUCAGCAGCAGGCUGCCCCUGUGCCCCUCAUUUCACCCAAAAGACAAAUUCGAAGCCGGUUCCAGCUUAACCUUGACAAGACCAUAGAGAGUUGCAAAGCACAAUUAGGAAUAAAUGAGAUCUCAGAAGAUGUUUAUACAGCAGUAGAGCACAGUGAUUCAGAAGAUUCAGAGAAAUCGGACACGAGUGACAGUGAGUAUAUCAGUGAUGAUGAGCAGAAAACAAAAAUUGAACAGGAGGAGGCGGAAGACAAGGAAAGUAGCCGGACAGAUAAAGAUUCCGCUGCCUUGAAAAAAAAGCCCAAACCUCCCACUCCAGUGGAAAUCAAAGAAGAUUUAAAAAGCACAUCACCCCCCACUGAAAAAUCAGACCCUCUGGUCAAAGAAAAAUCCACUACAGAUUCUGAGAAGGAUUUUCCAGAAAAAGUAAAGACUUUGCCCCAUCCUGUGAAAGAGAAAAUUAAAGGCAAAGAUGAGACAGAUUCACCUACGGUACAUUUAGGUCUGGACUCUGAUUCAGAGAGUGAACUUGUCAUAGAUCUUGGUGAAGAUCACUCUGGGCGAGAAGGACGAAAAAGCAAGAAGGAGUCCAAAGAACCACCUGCUAAGCAAGAAGCUGUAGGUAAAGCCCCACCACCCUCUAGUGCCAGCAGCAGCCAUCCUCCCCCUGAAACCCCGGUCCUCACCCGGUCAGCAGCCCAAACCUCCCCGGCCGGCGUCGCCACAGCCGCCACCACCAUCGCCACGCCCGCCAUCGCUGUUCCCCCCGCGGCCACCGGGAGCCCCGUGAAAAAGCAGAGGCCGCUGCUGCCUAAGGAAACCGCUCCAGCCGUGCAGCGGGUCGUGUGGAAUUCUUCAAGUAAGUUUCAAACGUCUUCUCAGAAAUGGCACAUGCAGAAGGUCCAGCGUCAGCAACAGCAGCAGCAGAGUCAACAAGGCCAGCAACAGCAGCCCCAGUCCUCCCAAGGGACAAGAUAUCAGACCAGACAGGCUGUGAAAGCUGUCCAGCAGAAGGAAAUCACCCAGAGCACCUCGACCUCCACCAUCACGCUCGUGACGAGUACCCAGCCGGUGUCCAUGGUCACCAGCUCAGGAUCCUCCAGCACAUUGUCAUCUUCCCUCAGCACCGACCUACCCAUCGCCACGGCCUCAGCGGAUGUGGCUGCCGACAUUGCCAAGUACACCGGCAAGAUGAUGGAUGCUAUAAAAGGCACAAUGACGGAAAUAUAUAAUGACCUGUCUAAGAAUACCACUGGAAGUACAAUAGCUGAGAUUCGACGUUUGAGGAUCGAGAUCGAGAAACUUCAGUGGCUGCAUCAGCAGGAACUCUCAGAGAUGAAGCACAACCUGGAACUGACCAUGGCUGAGAUGCGGCAAAGCCUGGAGCAGGAACGUGACCGCCUGAUCGCCGAGGUCAAGAAGCAGAUGGAACUGGAGAAGCAACAGGCCGUAGAUGAGACCAAGAAGAAACAGUGGUGUGCAAACUGCAAGAAAGAAGCCAUCUUCUAUUGCUGUUGGAAUACCAGCUAUUGCGAUUACCCAUGCCAGCAGGCUCACUGGCCUGAGCACAUGAAAUCAUGCACACAGUCAGCUACAGCAACCCAGCAAGAAACAGAUCCUGAGGCCAGUUCAGAAACAAAUAAAUCUGCCCAACCUAGCUCAAGUGCACAGGCCCCCCAGAUGGACACAACCAGUGCCUCGAAAGAAAAGGAAAGUCCAGCUGACAAGAGCAGAGAGAGUGUCACGACCAUUCCUGUGGUGGUCAGUCCGACUGUUGGCUCAGCGACCAUGAGGAGUGGGAGUGGCAGCGCUGGUAGCAGUAGCAGCAGCGGCAACAGUGGCGGUGGCAGCAGUGGCAGUGGCAGUAGCGGUGGUGGCAGCAGCAGCAGCAGCAGCAGCAGCAGCAGCGGUGGCGGUGGUGGCAGUGGAGGUGGUGUUCAGUAUGUCCAGACUGCUGUGCCAGUCCAAGUACGGAGAGUCUAGUCUGUAACAGCACCAGCUGGGGGUGUUGGAGGAGUGACAAAGACAACUCCUGUCAUGACAGGAGAAGGAAGAGCUACCAGAAAUGUGAAGAGGAUGAAGGGAUAGUUGCCAGCUUUGGAGAUUUAACUUCAAAGUUUUUGACUUUUUUUUUUUGCUUUGUGUAUACACAGGACAAGGCAUCGACCACACUACAUUAAUAAGGCAUUAGUGCUGUCCGAGGACAUUUAAACCCCGUGGCAAAUGAAUGCUUCUAUUGUAAAUAAUGUACAAUUUGUGGAUGUCAUUAAACUUAGAGAACCAUCUUCUUUUUAUAUUUGUAUUGACUUUUAACUUAUAAUAAUAAUAAUUAAUAAUAAUAAUAAAAAGAAACGUUUUGGAAAAGGGAAGGUCAGACCAAUUGUCACAAAGUAGCAUUUUUUGAAUCUGGGCUGAGGGCAGUUUGCGCCCAGAAGUCAUCAAUGUUUGGGGGAUUCAUAGGGAGGCUAGACUUUUUCAUUUAUAUAUGUGUCAUGAAACAUGGGAUCGAAAGCAGUUCUCCUCAGGGGUGUGUGGCUACUCUGCAGGCCUGAAUUGCUGUAGCUCCCCACUUUUUGUUAAAAUCCUAUUUUAUUUCAUUGUUUGGAAAUGGAAGAUCUCUGGACCUAAGAACACCUCCGAGAAAGUCUUUUAUUUUGUGUGAUUUACACAACAACUUGACUCUUGAAAAACAAAAACAAAUCAUGACCUUGUUUACAAAACGUUGAGGGUGUGAGAAACCUGGCACAAGUGACUGAAGAGCAGGAGGAGGUGUUUGGAAUUGUCAUAAAGAGCUGGUGCUGAAUGGUAGACUCAGAAGGAGAUAAGUAACCUCUUCUGCUUUAUGGUUCGUUAAAAAAACAAAAAAUCAACAAACAAAAAACCAACAAAAAAAAAAAACCUAAACAAAAAAACCCUCCUAAGAGACUGUUAGCGCUUUUCAUGUGGAAUGAGAACUUGAAGAAGAGACCUGGGCCAAGGACUUGAUGCUGGGGUAAAGCAUGUAUUAUUUAUAGGACAGAACCUUCUGUCCUGCUGUAAGCAUGACACAGUAGUACAUACAGUAGGACAGAGAGCCCCCUGCCCAGUGCUGCCUGUUACACUACUCAUGCUGUAGUCCCUACCAUUUUGUAUGUUGUGUAAAACAAAGGCAUUGAACAAAAAGCCAGGUAAUUGAUGUCUGUAUAUGAGAAAAUUAAUUGUAUGAUAUCAUUCCAGUACAUUUUGUUGUACAUUUAUUUCUGUGUUUAAGUUCUCCCAUUGUUUAUAAAUGAUUUGAUCUGUACAGUCUCUGGCUAGUACCCACCUUAGAGCAAAAACAAAGGUAUUAGGAGAAUAAGGAAGAGAGAGAAAGCAGAACAUGUGUGAAUCGCAGUUGUCAGAAAUAGCCUAGCAGGCCUUAUUUGUGAAGCAUAAUUGCUUUUAGCAUAUGGAAGUAUUUUUUCACAUUUCUUUGUAUAAAAUUUGUAUUAAACUUAAAUAUCUUUUUGGA